UUGCUCACAGAAUGGCAUGUUUAACUGACUCGUGAUAUAUGUCGCAGGUUGCACUGUUUCGGUUGAAUUGAAUUGAACUGAAGAACUUCAAACCCACUAAAAUGUCCGGAGAGGCAGGCUCACAGGAGGACAAUGGCAAAGUCAGUAGGGUCAUACGCAUUGGAACCAGGAAGAGCCAGCUAGCACGAAUUCAGACCGACAGUGUUGCAGAGAAACUGAAAGACUUGUACCCCGAUGUCCACUUGGAAAUAGUGGGAAUGUCAACAACGGGAGACAAAAUUCUUGACACAGCCUUAUCUAAGAUAGGUGAGAAAAGUCUCUUCACGAAGGAGCUAGAAAAUGCUCUGGAAAGAAAUGAGGUUGACCUGGUUGUACACUCUUUGAAAGACUUGCCCACCUGUCUUCCUAUGGGUUUCACUAUAGGCGCUGUACUAAAACGGGAAAACCCAUUUGAUGCAGUAGUUUUGCAUCCCAGACACAGGGGAAAAUGCCUUGAGACGCUGCCUGACAAGAGUAUUGUAGGCACCAGCUCUCUUCGUCGUGCCGCACAGCUAAAGAAAAGGUUUCCUCAUCUGGAAUUCAAAGACAUUAGGGGGAAUCUCAACACUCGUUUAAAGAAGCUGGAUGAAAAGAACGACUUUGCUGCCAUUAUCCUCGCAGCUGCCGGGCUGAGGCGUAUGGGUUGGGAGGAUCGCAUCAGUCAGAUCCUUGAACCUGAGGACUGUAUGUAUGCUGUCGGACAGGGAGCUUUGGCAGUAGAGGUUAGAGCAUGUGACCAGGACAUCCUGGAGAUGGUGUCAGUACUGCACGACCCGGACACAGUGCUGCGCUGCAUAGCAGAGAGAGCUUUCCUCAAACACCUGGAAGGUGGCUGCAGUGUUCCUGUCGCAGUUCACACUGAAGUGAAGAACUCACAGCUCUAUCUGACUGGUGCAGUGUAUAGUUUAGAUGGCUCUGACAGCCUGAAGGAGACAAUGCAGACCAGCACUGACUCAGACAAUCAGGAGCAGGAGAGAGUGGAUGAAAAAGUCCAACGGGUGGGAAUUACAGCACUCAAAGUUCCAGGAAUGGCCCAGGAUGCUGCUGAGAAGCUGGGGGUGGAUCUGGCGAAUCUGCUGCUAAGUAAAGGAGCCAAGGAGAUUCUGACUGUGGCCAGACAACUCAAUGAUGCACGCUAGCUGUGCCAUGUCCCCUCAUUUUAACUGCCAUUGCU